GACGUCGGCAUUCUUGAGCGGAAGUGGCAGCAGGAUGAGAAGAACUACAGCCACCUGAAAGAGAGAGCCGAAAACUGCUGAAAACAGAAUUAAAACCCUGUAAACUGUGAAAUUUGGAGAAAUAGACAUGAGGACAGUAUUUGUAACAGUCGGCACCACCUGCUUUGACGAGCUCAUCGGAACAAUCACGAGCUCAGAGUCUGCGCAGGUAUGUGAUAUUUGUUUGUAUACAUCUUACUGUAUAAAAAGUAAUAGAAAAUCAAAAUCAGAUCAUGAAACGAACUUUUGAGUGAUUGGACUCUAAAUACCAGAGUUAACAGGAGCACAGUCUUUAGGAAAUAGAAAAACUAGAGUUUCCUGUCUCAGUUAAAUUUACUGACUUCUAUAGGAAAGUGUAUUAAACCAGAAAUAACUUUAGAUGGUGUUAAAAUAAAUCCUUUGUUGCUUAAAAUAUGUAAGUUCUAUGCUACUUUUAGGCUGGCAAUUUGUAGGCAACUAUUGUAAAUUGUUAAAAUGUCUGUUUAAACAAAACUAGGGGUGGAAAUCACCAGUGGCCCCACGAUACGAUAUUAUCACGAUACUCGGUUACGAUACAAUUUUUUAAUACAAUUUUAUUUAAAUGAGCCGAUAUGAUAUAUCACCAGACAAAAUAUCACGAUACUAUGCUGGAUCUAUUUGUUUUUUUUUCGCCAAAACUGAGAAGCUCUCAGGUAUUUUAAGGCACAAAUUACUUACAAGAGCUUUUCCUUUUCAAAAACAAUCCCAAUAAUGCUUUACUGUGAAAUGUUGAGAAAUUGUUUGACUUUGGGAAUUAUUGAUUUCUUUCAUGGUAUGUUUUCAUUUAUGAUACAGGCUCUGAAAGCUCGGGGAUAUGAGCGUCUGGUUCUUCAGAUUGGAAGGGGAUCAUUUGUUCCAGAGGCUGACAGCUGCCCACAGAUCAAACUCGAGGUGUUUCGAUUCAAAGACUCGAUAGCAGAAGACAUGAAGCAGGCGGACCUCGUCAUCAGCCAUGCAGGUGAGUGAGAUUUUAAAAAGUUUAUCCUCUGAGCAUAAAACAGGCAGUGUGUAGUCUGUGAAUUUUUCCACAUGCCAAUUUAACAUCAUUUUUGUUCCAGCACAUUCAUGCUUUGAGUGAUUUAAUGAGUAUCACAGUUUGUUUUAUCAGAGACAUAAAGUUGCUGUAUCGUGGCCAUCUAGUACAGACUGUGAUGUGGCGUGGAAGUUUGAAGAUUUCUCUCCUAAUGCCCCCACACUCCCCUGCCCAUCCAGAUAUCUCCUGCAUGCAUUCAUGUUGUUUUAGGAGUGGAGGGAGUAGCCAGGUCAAGCAGAUAGUGUUCAGACAGGAGGUUCCUACCUUGCAUCAACCAUGAAUACCCCCAGUGAUCACUCAUGAUGUUACAAAACAGUUUUCUCCUCCUCUCACACACACACACAAGCUCCACAAGUAGCACAUUCGAGUGGUCGUCACAGACUAAAUGAUGUUGUUCAUUAAGUCGCUUAUUUGAUCAGCUGAAGCCUGGUGUUCCCGGUGUUACAGUUUGGCUGUUUAUCUUUGAAUCACAAUGACUGCACAGUAGACUGGAGUCUCAAAUUACAGUGAAAGAAAACAGACCAAAAGAAGUCAUCAACACACAGAUCCAUAUAACUGUGCUCCUUUUAUAACCUGUAGGAAGAGGUGGAGGCAUUGAUCACAUACAAUAUCAGGAUGUGAAAUUGGCAACAGGACAGAUCAUACCAGAGAACAUCAGAGCAGACAGAGAGUCUAGAAAAAAACUCAAACACUUGAUCACUUCUGUUACAAAAUUCUUAGUCAGCUCUUUCCUCCUCAGCAGGAGUAUUUCUAUCUAGAAAACAGAAGCAGUCUUUUUCACUCUUCAAACAUGCAGGCCUGUCCUAUGUUUACGUUUUUAUGCAUAGACUCCUUCAUCAUAUGUUGUACUAACAUAAGAAAUGACAGAAAUUUAUUUUUUUGGUGGUACAAAGAAAGAAUACAUCUAUAAAACAAGUCACUUUUUAGGUAUUACAAACAAGUUAAGUAGAAAAAUUCACUUUGAUUUAUAUAAUUUUGAAAUGUCUUACCCAGUUUCAUGUUGAAUGCAGUUCGAGCUUUGUUUUUGUUAAGGACAACCUGGCCACAGUAGGAAAGCCUACCAACCAGUUAUUUAAUUAUAUUGUUAAAAGCUUCUGAGUCCAGCUGCCUGGCUCAAAAUAAAAAGUUUUAACUUGACUGUUGUGCAUGUAAAUAGAGAAAUGUAUGCAACAGCCUACUUGGAUCACCAUGCUGGUGUUAUUUUAGGUGUCAAAGAGUUGAAUAUUGAAAAAAUAUGUAUAUUUAAAUAUAUAUUGUGAGUCUCAAUAUAUCCUAAAAAUGUCAAGAUCUUUGUCAAAAUUCAUAUCGCCAGCUCCAGCCAGAAGUCUUGUGUUACAUCAUUCCCAGACCACAGUUUUGAAUUUAAAAACAAACAAAAGCAAAUAAGAUAUGUGAGCAUCGUGCAAACAUUAAACAGGAAAGCUAUGAUCACGAGAGCAGACAGUCAAAACUUCAGGGUAUCUGGUGUCAUGAAGCAAACACAAGAUUACACAUUACAUCAUAAUUUACUCUCCAAACAUCGAAAGUCUACCACCCAUGUUGUCUUUCCUCAUCUGCUCUGUCUCUUGAUAUCAUUUCUCAGCUAUUACCGAGCAUGUUUAAUUUAAGGCUGGUAAAACAGCUUGAACAAAGCUGUAUAGUUACAGUAGCACCAACUGUGUAAAUCUGUCUUCUGCCAGAGGAACCAACAUGCUUUCAGUUUGUAAUGAGAGAAAACCUGAUCCCUCUUUGUUCUUCCUACUGUCAUUGUGCACCACAUGCUUCAGGUUAUACUUCCAGCUAGCCGAUCACUUUAUUGCAAUCAAGAGUAAAAUAAAGCUUCAAGCACGGAGCCCAAGGGAACUUUCUUUGUUACCAUCCUGCUUGUGUAGAUUGCUGGCUAACAGAAAGAAAGCCUGGCUAUGUAAAACCUGCUUCAUCCUGUGCUAAGCUGAAGUAUUUCUAAGAAAUUAAUGAAAGAUGAAGAAAAGACAGUCGAGUGGAUGUACGGUCCGUCACAUUAAUGGGCACACAGGAGCACGAGGAGCAGCUGGUAUGACCAAAGGUCAAUAUUUACAAUAACAAGGACUUGCAGUAAGGACAUGGAUGACAGUGUGUUUGUUAAUAGGAUUAUUAAUCGUCUCGUCUUAGUUGAGGAGAUGACUCAUACGUACCAGAGAAACACAUGAAUGUUUUUGCAGAUUGACCCAGUCUGCUGAGGCUACACAAGCAAUCACAUGAUGAAGUUUGACAAUGAAGGAAUACCAAUACAGGUACAAGUGCCCUGUUUUCACUUAGCAACCAGAAAUUGACCAAUCAGAUAAAGCCACAGCUAAAUGUAUUCUACUCUUAGGUUACCUAAUUGAGGUGACCGACAAGAUGGCUGGGCUUGUUGAAUAAGAAAAACAAGCUAUUUUUGAAUGUUGUUGAAGCAGGACCGAUAUAAGGACUACAUUUAAAUGUGAAAAACAGAAGCAACAUAUUUCAAGUGUUAAAUUUGACCCACUAAAGAUGCUUCAUAUACACUUAGUAUCAUUGCAGGAUUGAUCAUGUAAAAGCUCAUCAUAAAGUGUGCUUCAAAAUACCAUAGAGCUCACAUUAUAACUCACUGCUUUUACAAGCUGUAAAGACACUUGUUUAUAAACUAAACUCAAAGUAGAAAUUGACCACAGUAUAAGCUAAACUACCAAGAUUGUCUUGUGUUUCAUUCCUGUCUACGUUGUGAUGUUGUUUACUCCGUUAACCCAACCCAGUAGUUGCAGAAUCUCAGACGGGCUUAAGUUACAGUCAUGAAUAAGGAUCUUGUUUUCCUCCUCAGGGGCAGGAAGCUGUUUGGAGGCCCUCGGAGCGGGCAAGCCUCUGCUGGUUGUAGUAAAUGACAAACUGAUGGACAACCACCAGCUGGAGCUGGCCCAGCAACUCCACGUGGACUCCCACUUAUUGUACUGCACAUGCAGGUGUGUGUUUCUCACAUAUAAAGAGUGUGCACAUGUGAGGUUGUUGAGCUCAAAGAAUAGUAAACAGCUUCGUCUUUUUUUCUUCUAAUCUUUCAGCACCCUGACAGAAACUUUGAGGAGCAUGGAUCUCUCUGUUCUUCAGCCCUACCAGCCCGGACAGACCAAGAUUUUUGCAAACUUUUUAGACAAAGCUCUUGGAGUUCAGUGAAGCAUUGAUUGAACAGGACUGCUCAUUUUUUGUUACACUGAUGAUAACAGUGUUGUAGUAAGAUACAACACUUGGCCCUGACAUUGUAAUUAUACUGUAUUUUACAAUAUUUUCAGUUUUUAUAUAUAAUUUAUGUUUCAUAUUAAAUUCUAAUAUCUGAAGUGA